AUGCAGACCAAUACCUCCUCCUCCUCCUCCCUUUCUCCUUCAGCUGCUACGGAGUCUCUCCUGCAAGCCCUAACCACCAGAGGCUGGUGUUUCGGAGACGUCAAUCAAGUCAAAGCAUUGAUCGCAGCUCAGUUAUCCCUACAUGGCGGUCGCUGCACCGUUGGCUCAAUCGAAUCGGAGCUGGUCAAUCUGGACUUGCGAUCCAUUGGUGGGAAAUGCUUACCCGAACCUGCUAUUCUACGCAAAGUCUCUCAUUUUCAAGGCCCUAAAGUCCUUCAGAUAUCUUCAGUCAGAGACAUAUCUAGAAGUACAGCUGAGAGUUCAGAAAAUUCCGACAAUCAUCGCCUGUUAAGAUUGAAACUCACCGAUGGACAUUCCGAAAUAACUGCAGUAGAGUAUUCUCAUGUGCCAUCAAUUCCUGAAGAUGUUAUCCCUGGGACUAAGGUCCAACUGCAAAAUAGAGCUGAGAUUCACGAUGGUAUUAUCUGCUUUCACGAUAGGAUAAUUACUAUGUUAGGAGGUAUUGUGCAGUCGCUCUAUGAGGAAUGGCAGAUGAAGAAUAAAUAUUUGGUUAACUCACUCUCCACCUCAAGGCUAUUGCAUGAAAGUGCAGAAGGUCCACCCCCGUUUGAGAAGCUCCAAAUUCAGGCUCCUUCACAACGAAUUGCAGGCUUUUCUAGGUCAUCUGUCAAUGACUCUGGGUGCACCUUGUUUAGGAAAAGUGAAAGCUCCAAAAUGAGUCAAACCAGUGGACUCCAGGACAGUGAUCCAACCAUGGAUAGUGAAAAUAAUGUUGCAGAAUGUCGUGAUAAUGUUGAUAAAAGUAAGGAAAAACCGGCCAGCUCCGAUACAAGAUCAAAAGUUGCUGCAUCUGUACCUGUUCAAAAUCAAUCUGCUGCCCAAAAACUUCUCCAGAAAAAGAGCCAGCCUGAUUACGGUGAUCUCCAUUCCAGAGGUCAAAGGCAUAGAAGGAAGGGAAAAGAGGAAGAUUCACCUAUGUUCACGCUGGAUGAGUGGGAAAGGAGAAAAACUGGAGUCAAUCUUCCAAGAACAGAUGAGCUUUCUGAUAUAAACCAAGAUGAGGAUCUUGCUAGACAGCUUCAGAGGCAAUUUGAUUUGGAAGAUAUUCCUGAACGGAAGGAUCCUCAUAUGCUGGAUGCAGAUUAUAUAAAGAAGAACAUGUUCAAUUUCGAAAGAGAUGAUAGCGGGACCUUCAGUGGAACUAGAAGUAGAGGAAGAGGAAGGGGAAGGGGAAGGAGAGGAGCGAGGGGGAGAGCUUAA